GUGCGGCGAGGUUGUACACCUCGUCCGGCCGCAGCCGCGCAAUGAGGCGGUGCAGCACCGUCCCGUCCGUCAUGUCGCCGUAGUGGAGCGUGAGGUGUUCGUCGCGGUAGAUGUGGUCGAUUCGGCCCGUGUUGAAGGACGAAGACCGCCGGAUGACGCCGUGCACAUCGUAGCCCUUCUCGAGGAGCAGCUCCGCAAGGUACGACCCGUCCUGCCCGGUGAUGCCGGUGAUCAUGGCGACACGCCGCUUGGACACGGACGCCAUCGCCUCUCCACACACUCACACACGUGCCCUCACGCACCAAGCUUCCCUCACCCCUGCAAUUUGCGCACGCGGCACCCUGAGACACAUGGGAUGCAAAAAAAAAAGCAGAAGGAUCCUCCCACCGAGCGCACAGACGAGAACAGCAGCAGCGACAGGCCCCAGCACGCACCCACGCACAAUUUAGGAGGCGGGGGGCACAGGAGAGCAACAGACGCCUCCCCACAGCCGCCAACAAGGCGCCACCACCGGAGAAGCCCCGCACGUGGCAGCGAGAACAGAUAG